AUGAUUCUAUUCCCCCGGGGGACGCGCGCGUCGCAACCUCCUGAUGGAGCGUCGUCCGAUGGACUUCCAUCGUCGGGCUGAUAUUGCGCCACGUCACCCACGCGCGGACAGGGCGUUACUCCUAUCCCGCAUUUGCUGCAUCCCACCCACCACCUGGUCGAGACGGCGUGGGGGCUCGUGGGUUUCGUGGUGGAGAGGUUGGCGACGGCGGAGCGAAUCCGCGCGCCGCCGACGGUUCCUGCCACCGGAGAAGACGACGCGCUCCUCCGCUUCCUCCGGUGUUCUUCAAGGGAAUCUUCGCCGGCAUUCGAUUCGAGUCGUUCCGAGGAAUUUCUGCCUGUGCAAUCAUGGCUGAAGAUGGGAUUGGUCAUUGGGUUUCCAAGGAUCGUUUUGCUGCAAAGCGUCUGCAUGCUCUUGCUGCAGAGCUCGAUGAUCCGAAGAGACGUAUUAUUGAAGAGCAGAGUGCAUUUAGAGCAUUGUUGAAUGUAUCUCCAUUCAACAUUCCUAAUGCUCUAAUAGACUUUGUUGCCUCUCAUACUAGCCCUGGUUUGCGGGAGUUCAAGUUCCACAAGAAGAGGAUAGUUUUCACAAAAGAUAUGGUGAGGAAAGUUUUUGGAAUUCGAUGCGGCGACAGACUUGUUGUUCAGAAGAAAGGUGAGCAUCCUCAGCUGCGGCAGAUAUACAUAGAAGAAGGACAAUCAAGGCCUUUCAUCCAGCAUGCCGUUAAAUUGCUCAAGGCUUGUGAUGUUACGGAUGACCUCACCAUUAUCAGAACAUGGGAUCUUAUAUGUUUGGCUACGGUUAUUGCCCCUGGUAGCGCAAAUCUGAUUAGCCUUGACUAUUUGGACUGUAUGUUGGACCCUCGGAGGACUCACGAGUUUGCAUGGGAUGAACACUUGCUUGAGUUAGCAAUGCAGGAGGUUACAAAAAUCAAUAGCAAGACAAGCAGAGUGAACCCAUCUGCCUCGCUCAAUGAAUGGCUUGUGUUUCCUACUAGUCAGGAUCUUGAGGUUCCAGCUGCUUACAAGCAUCUGUAUGAGAAACACAGGUCUAUUUAUGGUCGUGAUCUUGACACCACUCUCAAGAAUUUUGGUGUUGGUUUGAAGCAAAUGCAUUCGCAGCGCAUGGCAGCUUUGCUUAUUGACAUAGAUGCAGCAAAGAAAGAAAGUGAUGGUCCUAGUGUGCAUUUCCCAAACAGAGGUGGAGUUGAAGAUGAAAAUAUGGACGGUGCUGACAGACAUGAUGAUGAAGGUACUUCCAAUCAUGAUGAUGAAGAAAUCCCGGCAGCUGAUUCUGAAGAAACAGACAACGACGAGUUUGUUGUCGAAGCAAGGGCUGCUGUCAUGGACUCACGCACACUCGUCGUGGAUAUGCCGCAAUCUGCUGUUCUGUUGGAUUCUUCUACUGGUGGAGAUGUUGCUGGUGAACAGGUUUCUGUUGACAGCCCUGUGAUGUCACCUACAAACCCACCAUUUGCUCGUAUACCGGAGGGUAUAUCUGUAGAAGCUUGGAAUAGAGCCCCUGACCCUCCAUCAAUGGAGCUAUUCUCUCAGGAUCCAGAUGUAGUUGUUGUGUCUGAAGAUCAAAUCACUAUUCCUGCAACAGAAAUUACUCCGCCUGCUGAUGUUCCUUCUGUAGUGAAGCUUGACGACACAUCUUCUGAGCAGCCUAAAGUUAUGGAGGGUACAACACCACCCAUACCAUCCAGGGAUGCUGAAGAUCACUUGGGCGAGAACGUGUCACCGCAACAUCCUACAAACACAGAUGUUUCAGUUAUUAAGAGAGCUAAACUUUUUGCUGCCGAUGGCAAACUAAGUCUGAUUGCUGGUAUUCCUUUAAAUGUGGGCUCAACUGUUGUUGUGGCUGAAAGAAGCCCUUCUCCUUCUGAUGUUGUUGCAGAUGUUGUCACAAAAGAUGCUAGUACUGGUGCUAAAACUGUUGAAAAGAAAACUAGGUACAAGAGGGCUGCCAAGGGUGAACUCUCUCCUCCGAAGCUGAAGAAGAUUAAGGUCUCUCAAGAUGUUGUGCGUAAGUACGACAAAUAUGUUUCACAUGGACGGAAAUUCAAGAGGAAGAAGAAGAAUGAAGUGGCCAAAGAGUUUCUGAAGAUUGGUCGAUUCUUUUGCUCGUACAAGUCCUUCAUUGGAGCUCUUCGUCCACGCCAAUAUUUGAGCAAUGUAGUGAUGGCAGUUUGGACAGAGAAGUUCAAUCAUGCAGCAAAAGCAAGUGCUGAGAAGAAUCCCCGAAAUCACAAGAGAUAUGCUUUCUCUCCGUACUUUGCGGAAAAGCUUGCUGUAGAAACCUCUACUUUUGACCCUGCCUCUGUCAUGAAAGAGUUCAAAAUUGCAUGUAGCAAAUUCAAAAUUCUGAAAGAUGACAUGCUUUACCUGCCCAUUGUACAAGCCGAUCACUGGAUUGUAUGCUGCAUCAACUUGCUGUGCAAGCAAUUUCACAUUUUUGAUUCAAUGAUGCCAGAGAAUGGUGUGAGCAGCUUAGCAAAAGCAGCAAACAACUUGUUCUCCAACUUCGUCCGGACUGCAAACGAGUCCAAAGUUUCAUGGGUUGACUUUGGGAAAUUCAAGGAAACCACACCUGACCAUCCACAGCAAGACACUUUGUAUGACUGUGGAUUCUACAGCAUUCUUUACAUGGAGCACUUCAAUGGGAAAGUCAUGCCAAAUUUCGAGAAUGAUGUAGUUCCAGAUUUUCGAAGGUUGCUCGCAGCAAGCCUAAUCGACAACAGGGAUAACCAGAGUGAUGAUGUCGACGUGAUAAUGAACGAGGAUUUGCAGCAGGGAUAGUUUAGCUUUUUGUUCAAAACACAUGGUGUUGCUGCCUUUUGUAACUGUAACCAUGUACUGGAACAUGGAGUAGAACUAGGCUUCUGGUGAUGGUUCUAUAUGUUGGACCUGUUAGUUGAAUGAUCAGUUCUUUUUAUGUUUUUCUCAGUACAAUCUACCAGAUAUAAGUUUAAUGUUGGCUCUGGAAUA